UUGUAUAUGGUCCACCUACUUUUGCCUGCGAAAAUGACACCGUUUUUAAGCGAGUGAUGCCCUAGCCCGCCAUUGCCACUACUCUGAAAGAUUCAGAAUCUAUCAUUUAAUGCAGUGGCACAUCACCUCAUGCUUUCACUUCUAUAAUGAAAAUCAAAUGCAGGGUUUAUCGAAGCCUAUUUUCAGGAUAGAGUUUUAGUUUCUAGACUUCCAGAAUCAAUGGCUUCAGAUUCCUAUGAUGAAGAAGUUGCAUCUUGGGAAGAUCUUUACAACAUAAACUACGUCCCCUCAGACCUCUUAUUGAAGUUCAGGAAAUUAAUUGGAGGUUAUCGUGUUGGUUUCAAUUUUGAGUUCUAUAAUUUCCAGUUCGGCGAGUACCAUACAAAACUAGUUUUGAAGCCUUUAAUGCCUGAAAGAAGGUGGAAAUUUAUAUAUGAACCCGAGCAUGGUGAUGUAAGAUUGCUUACAAAGAAGAUUCCAGUUACUCGAUAUCUUAAUCUUCAGGUUGGUAUAGGCCACAGUUUUCACUUCCAUACCACUGGUUGGAAAUGGAAGCUCUCUACAUGCUUGGGUGGAGAUGGUAUUUCUCAGAUUAGGAACAAGAGUUCAGUUAGCAUCUUCCCUGGAUUUGAUGUUCGGAUUGGUUGGAAGGCAGAAUACAUUCUUCCUGAGAUUCAUGGCUCUGUAGGAACAGGAGAAUCUGUGAUAAACAUGAACUAUGGACGCUUGCAUGCAUCCCUAGAUAGAGUGGAGGCCAUUUUAACCCACUCCACAUAGAGAGCGGUUUUGGACUAUCAGGUUUGGUAAACGAGAUGACUGUAAAUGUGUUGGGAAUGUAAAAUUAAAUCUAUUGUUCUAUUUAAUUCAUUUCCAAUUGUUCUAUUGUAACUUAUGGCUUUAUGACAUUUUAGCAAGACUUAGUGUUAGCUCAUGUAAUGGUAGAAAUGUAGUGAUUUAGUCAAUUUAUCUUUAUCA